GUCAUUUUGAGAAACAGCAUCACACGUCUUGCCUCCAGGCAGCAGGGAAACGCUGACGGCAUGGGAACAAUACAGUUAAAGAUGCUGAAACUUUUGCUUUUAUUUACCUUCACCGAGAUUUGUGCUGCUCAAAAUGACAUCACUCUGUCAGUGUUUACAGUCACAUCUAAGAGUAUGACAGUACAGUGGAGCGGCUACACCGGCGCCAGCUCCUACAAGAUCACAGCGACACCCAAGAGCUCUCCGGAGCAGCCGGUCUUUGCUCAGUUCAGUGGAAACUCCGUGAUGGGCUCAGUCAACUCCCUGUCACCAAACACAGUGUACACCAUGCAGCUCGAAGCCAUGGACAAUGCUCUCAAAGUCCUCAGCAGUGCAGAGACAGAGGAGACAACAGCUCCUGAGGUGCCCAGCAUUGAACAGGCCUACUCCAAAAACAGCGACAGCAUCACUGUAGAGUUCACAGAGGUUUCCGGGGCAACCAGCUACAUCCUGAGGGCACAGUCGGAGACCGGCGAUUUCUUCUCUGAGACCGUGGUGAGCGACUCGCCAGGCACGGUGGAGCAGCUCCAGCCCUACAGAGACUACAGGCUGAGCGUCAUGUCCGUCAACUCUGGGGGGAGGAGCCAGCCCUCGUACCCCAUCGAGGCCAGGACAGUGGUGGUGGCGCCCAAGUUGAACACUGAGUCUCCUGACAACGGCACCAUCCUCGUGACUUGGAACCCGGUGAGGAACGCCAUCCUCUACAUGCUCUGCAUCAUCAGGGAGGGCUCCAGCUCCCGCUUCAAACUAAACACCACUGACACCACGGUGACCUUUGACGGCCUUGAAGGAGGGACCACCUACUGUAUCAAGGGCACAGCCUGGGACUCUGAGGGUCGAGCUGGGGACGACCUCACUGUCUGCCAGAUCACACGUCCUCCGAGCACAGAUGUGACCCAUGUCCAGUUGUCUCAGGGACGGUCUCUUUGGGUCACUGUGUACUGGAUGUCAGUGCAAGGAGCUGAGAACUACAUCGCCUGGUCCAGUAAUGGUCAAAACUGUACCUCAACAGCGAAUAGUUUCUGUUAUAUUACAUCUGUGGAGUGUGGUCAGAACAACUCUGUCACUGUCGUAGCCUACAACAAAGCUGGUCCCAGCAGCCCCUCACAGCCAGUAGACUACGUUACAUAUCCAUGUCCUCCAGAGAACAUCUGGGUGGAGGAGCCCGAAGCAGGCAACUGCUCGGUGGUGUGGGACGAGGUGCCACUGGUGGAGUAUUACAUAGCUUUCAUAAAGAGGGACGACGGAACUGAGAAGUCGUGCAACACCACUGAAACCACAUGCCCGUUUUCCUGCAUGUGUGGCUACACCUACCUCACCACCGUCUUCCCCUACAACCAGGCCGGCUCCAGCCCUUAUGCACACGUCCGCAACUACACCACUAUUCCUUGUUGCCCUCAGGACGUUAGCAUUACGCUGGUUUCUACAGAGACCCUGGAGAUCAUAUGGUCAUCGGUCAAAGGGGCCGAGCUCUACGAGACAACGGCGGCACAGACUAAUGAUGUCGUCCACUGUAACGACACAGCGCCAGUGUGUGCGCUGUCAGAUUUGACGUGCAACACGGCCUAUUCUGUGACCGUCACACCGUGCAGCGAGUUACGAGGAUGCAACCGCACCUGCACACCACACACACAUGAGACAGCUCCGUGCGCUCCAGAUAUCCUGAAUAUGACGCAGACCAACAACUCCACAUACAGAGUCCUCUUCAGUACCCCCAACAGUCCCAACACAGAUUACACCAUCAAAGCCACUGGACGCUAUGAAACACACACCUGCCAGUCAAGAAACAACUCCUGUGAGCUCACACAGCUGCCCUGUGGCUCAACCUAUGAGGUCAUGGCAGUGGCCAUGACAACUGUGGGGAGAAGUCUACCUGGAUUCAGUAAAACUUUGGAAACAGGACCCUGCUGCCCCAUGUCUGUAAAUGUGACCCAGGUCACCCAGGCUAUGACCAACGUGACCUGGUCACCUGGCAGCGGUGCUCGCUCCUACAUCACCACCCUGGAGUCCUCACGGGGACAUGCUAAGUGCCACACCCUGGACACCCACUGCCUGAUGGGAUGCAUCACUUGUGGCACCAACUACAGCGUCCACCUGGAGGCCAUCAGCAGCACAGGACACAUGUCAGAGUGCAAAUACCGUGGAUUCUCAUCCAGUGCCUGCUGUCCAACGAGAGUCAAGCUCAAACGCAUGGCCAACAACAACUCCCUCAGGGUGUACUGGCGCUCUCUGGGCUCUCAGACGCUGAACCACACAGUAGAGCUGUACGGGACGGGAGCUAACUAUACCUGCAUCUCAGCUGCCGGCAGCAAAUACUGUGAUAUCCUGGAGGAAAUGUGUGGGGACGUCUACACAGUGCUGGUGGCACCAGUAGGACAAGAUGGGGUCAUAGUUAGCUUCUGUCAACGCAGGACAUACUCAGUUCCCUGCCCAGAGAGUAAUGCUGGUAUGAUGAUCUCCCGCGGAAGACGAAGUGUGGAUUAAUUACGUGAACACUUCCUCCCAUUACCACCAACCCCCCCAACAUGAACAGAAGACUGCGUUUACACCAAGGGCAACUCUAAAUAUCCAAUAUACCCAGAUGAAAUAUCACUCUUGUUAAGGAAUGUAGGAAAUGUUUUGUUUUUACUGUUGUUUGCAAGAAAAGCCACAUCGAGCUGGGCAAACUGAAAUACAAAAGUUAAAACACUGAAUUAAAACCAUAAAAUUUAUAAAAGAGGACUUUUACAUGAAUAACAAUGGGCAUUUAUGUAAUGUUUUUGAAAAGUGUUCUCCAUGUUGGUACUUUUUAAAGUAGGCUGCAUGUUAGUUUGCUCUCUGCUCUGCAGCUCCUCAUCUUUAACCAGUUGCCCUUUGAUAAUGAUGAUGUAACCUCAAUGUGUAAUGACGUCUAGGAAAAAUGAAAAGACGCAGAGAUAGAAAAUUUGCAAUGAACGUCCCACAGAAAUGUGUCAUGGCAAAAGUCAUUCUCUACUUGCACCAUGUAGUGUGACUUGAAUCUGUUUCACAAACUCAAUGUCUGUUUACCUCCUGUCAACUCUACAGCUAGCUUUGUACAUAUUGUUUAUAGUACACUGUUACUGUUAUUGUUAAUGUUUUUGUAGAUAACGAGUUUGAUCAUUUUGAUGGCAAAGCCAGCCAGUCAGUUAGCCUAGCUAGCUACUAAAAUGAAAAACACAAAAGACAACACUGUAAAAAGCAGACAAAUAGUCAGUAAAACAAACACAAAAAGUCAUUACAAAACACUUAACACAUUAAAUCCGCUAAUUGUCUGUCUGUGGUUUAAAACUCAUCAGUCACAUUACUGAGUUAAGGAUACUGAUGGCACUUGUGAUAAAGGACUUGUUCAAUAUAUUUUUGGUUGCCAGAGGGGCUCUAUAGCACCCACUGGAGCUCAAGAGCUCAAACUGGCUGAAGAGAAGGUGGGAGCUAUCUGCCAAGAUACUCCUUGCUUUCUUCCUCGUCCUUUCUGUAAAAAGUGGGGUCAAGGGCUUUUGUGGCUUGCCAACUAUUUUACUUGCUAUUGUCACAAUCUUAGACAGUUUAUUCUUGGAUGUGCAGUUAAGGUGACCGUACCAGACAGGAAGGUGAAACGUUAAAACGCUCUCAGCCAUAAUUUGGUACACUAACUCUAAAAUCUGCUUGCUAACACAAAGGCCACUGAGUUUCUUAAGAGGAUAAAAUCACUGUGAGCAUUUUUUAAUUUGAAAAUAUACUCAGUAUUUCAAGAGAAGCUCACAUGGGAGUCCAGAACCAAACCAAGGUAUUUAAAAAAUUCCACAGUUUCAACACGUUGGCCAUCGAGUGAAACUGGCUCUGUCUUCAGAUCUUGCUUCAUUAGCUGACGGUUAUCCUCUAAGACACUGAGGUGAUAGCUAAUGCUAGGUCGCUAUGGCAUGGCUAUGGCAUUUUUUUUUUUGGCUUGAAAGAGCUGCCAAAAAUAUUACAUUGACUGACGUUUAUUGUCUUGUGGAAGCAUGCAGUAAAGCUCUAUAAAGCUGACCAUCCUCCUCAUAAACUUGCUGUGACUUUUCUUCAUUUUAGAAGCCAGCUAGGUCAGCUGAAUGGCAUAACACUAUAUACAAAUCGAAUGGUAAAUACAACCAACAAUAUGUACAAAGCUAAAGUGAAAGUGAAGUAGCGUUACUAACUUAAGGAUGAAAAAGCACUUUGAUCACUAAGGUUGGAAGCAAAGGUAAUAACACUAUCGUAGAGUUACAUUACAUUGUGCAAGUGCAGAAUUCAAAGACAACACAAAUUUAAGAUAAGACCUUAGGACUUCUCCAAGUAGAAGACCUCCAUACAGCGGCCUAUGACAUGACUCUGGGUUGCAGAACCGGUUUCUGACCCAGAAAAAGGUCACAGUUAAAAGUGGGGCAGCAGGUAUCCAUCCCGUUCGCCUGGGGUCAUGCAUGUCAAGUCCUGUGGAUGAUACGUCUGAUCGGAUUGCUGGAGAUAGAUUCACUGUUACCUCUGCUCUCAUUGGAUUUGUUUUCUCUCCGAUGACUGACGACAACAAUAAAGCACAUCGUUUUUGCAUUACCACAUCGUCUGCUGUCAAUCAUCUUGAGUGGGCGCUAUUUAUUAAGUAACAUGUUUUGUUCAGGUGUGUGGGGUCAGAUACGUGAGCUAAAUUCAGUGCUCCAAAAUUAUCCAGAAACGAAUCCAUCAGAGAAACUCCCUGAAGUAG